AUAUAACAGUUAUGCAUUUUAAAAAAGGACUGGCUUUGCAUUUAUUACUAUAUACACUUUGCCAUUUAAAUUGUCAUUUUUUUAUUCUGUUUUAGAAAUAAUUAAAAAAUGGAACACUCUGUUAUGUAAAUAGUACAACAACAAUUUAAUCGAAUGUUUUUAUAGGCCUUUACAACUAUGUUCUUUUUUAAGGUCAUAAGCGUAAACAAUAGAAGAUUACGCAAAUACAUAUGUAACACUUUAUACAAUUUGACCCUUCAUAAAUUAAUACUGAUAGUUUGAAAAUAUUUACAAUUUCAAGAGAAAAAAUAUGUUGAAGAAGCAUGGCGCAGAAGCCCAUAAGUGCUACUGAAUUGGAAAAUGCUGCAGAGGCUUUAAAGCAUAACACGUUAUAUGAUAAUUUAUUUUCAGGGAAAAAUAAAUCUAAAUAUGAGGAGUACUGUAAUAAAGUAUUCGAUGUCGCAGACAAGAAAAAUGAUGAAGCAAAGGGUGUUUGUCAUAAGCUCGCCUUUUUUUUGGAAAAAAUAGCUGUAAAUCCAAAAAAGGAAGAACGUGAUAAACAUUGUAACUAUUUACCUUAUUGGUUAUAUGGUGAAAUAGGCAAAAUAUAUAAAAAGGAAAAGUCUAUAAAACUUGGGAAAAUCCCUUUUUUUAAUGAUCUUAUUAGUGCAAAGAAUAAUAUUUAUAGUAAAAUCGAAGGAAAUAAAUGUUCCUAUUUACUUUUUGAUAGCAAUACUAGUUUAGAUGAAUUGAUAAAACAGAAAAUUUCGUUUAUUUAUUUUAACAAAUAUAAUGAUAUUAAGAAAGAUGUCACUGUUUCGCCAAAUAAGGAUAAGUGCAAAAAAUAUUCUACAUAUCUCGAUCUUAUUAGUUCAUUUUAUAAAAUUAUUGAGAAAGGGUACUGCAUGAAUCGUUGGUUUUUGUCUCCACCUGUUCCUAAAUAUUUUAAUUGUGAUAAGAAUUUAAAUCCAGAGAGUUUAUUAUCUACGGCCAAACAAUGUGCAGCUAAAGAGCCUGGAAGUGGUGGUGGUCUUGGCGCGAAUUCACUGAUUUUAUCACUUUUCGGUUGGGGUGGUUCAUCCACUACUACAUCAUCUGGAAAUGGAAGAGGUGUAGAAGCUCAAGAUUCUAGAAAUGAUGCACAUUCAGCCAAGGAUAGAGGGAAAGCAGCAAAAACAGAUUCAUCAGGCGAUGGUGAUUCAAAAGAUUUAGCAAAUUCUCUGGGCACAGGAAGGGAAGCAAGUUCAGAAAAAGCUGUAAGCUUACCAGGAUCAGGAUUAGGAGCAGGAAGAGGGCCGUCAAACCAUGUAGGCUUAAGAGGUCCACAGCACCAAGCUGGGAGAGAAGCAAUGUCUCAAUCUGGGGUAAUGUUAAGCACUGUAGGUCAAUUGUCUAAUGGGAAUAACGGUGGUUUAUUUGCAGAUCAUGGAAUUUUGAAUACCGUAGUAAUUGGGGAAGUAUUGGAUUCCUCUAAUAUUUUUCAAAAAAUUAGUGAAGUAUUGAAAUCAGAUUAUUUUCGUCAUUUAGUUACUGGUGCUUCCGCAAUUGGAGUGCUUAUCUUCCUCAUCUAUUUCUUCAGAGUAAUUACAAAUUUGAUCUUAAAAUGUGAAUAUUUUGUGUCAACUGCGAUAGGGUCGAAAUCAAAUAAAAGGGAUAAGACGAAAAGAGAACGCGAGAAUAAUUACUACGACGCAUAUGAAGAAGAUUUUUCAAGAUAUGGAUCUGAACAUUCAGUAGAAGAUUCGGAAAUGAGCGACGUUCAUUUGUCCUAUCAGCCUAGGCGUGAUUCUUACUACUAA